AUGUUUAGAAGAAUAUCAAGGAUCACACUUCCAGUGGUAGCUGGAGGGCUUGCAUUUGGAUUAUUCCCAUUCAGGAAGAGCCAAUUUAACCCCAGUCAAAUGUCACACAACGAAGAAAUAGCGCAAUCAAUAAGAAAUACAGACUUGUACAAGAGACUUACAGAUGAUCCUGAGUUCAGUAAAAUGGAUACUGACAAACAAUUUCCUCAACAACAUUUACGAAACUAUGUGUCAUCGGGUUUAUUAUUCGGUAAAGAUCUUUUUGAAACAAAACCAGUGAUUUUCUUCAACAAGACUUCGGGAGAAUUUUUUGCAUUCCAUCAUAUUGGUAAGAAAUUAGUGAGUGAUGAUGGUAAAAUUCACAAUGGUAUAACUGCAACUUUAUUAGACGAAGGUUUAUGUGCGGCAGGGUUUCCAUUCCUUCCAUCCAGAAAAGGGGUUACUGCUAAGUUGUCAAUUAAUUUUGAAAACCAAGUAACUCCCAACUCCAUAGUUGCUGUGAAAGCUAAUGUCGUAGAACAUAAAGGAAGAAAAGUGGUCAUAAAUGGAUCAUUAGAAUCUUUAGACAACAACCCAACAACGAUUGCUACUGCCAAUUGCAUUCUCGUUGAACCAAAAUGGUUUCGAUACUUUUCAUGGUUCCAAUUUAUUUAG